AUGUUCUACAAUGCCAGUGACGCCAAAUUGUAUGGUUAUCGGACCAUACUUGAGCCACUAGUCAAUGACCUCAAUAUGCUUGCAGACGUUGGAAUUGACAUCAGAACCACGAGGUACCAUGGAAAUAUCAAAGUAGCCCUUGGGCAAGUAGUUGGGGAUAACCUUGGGCUAAAUGGAGUACUGGGAUUCACAGAGGGAUUCACAGCUAAUCACUUCUGCAGAAGAUGCACUAUUCACCGUAACGAAGCGAAGACCUGCUUAUCCGAGAAUAGACUAAUGAUGAGAAAUAGAGAACAGUUCGUAGAAGACCUAGCGCUCAAUAACCCCCAAGAAACCGGAAUAAAGCUUGACAGCCCACUGAAUUCAAUCAGCAAUUUUCAUGUAACUUCAAAUGCAGUACCAGACAUUAUGCAUGACCUACUUGAGGGGAUUUGCCCUCUGGAACUGAAGCUAGUGCUCAAGAAGCUGAUCAGUGAUGGACAUUUCAGCUUAACAACAGUGAAUAGCCGAAUCACCAGUUUUAACUAUGGAGCCCCUGACAGCAAGAACAAGCCAACUGUCCUUACAGAACAUGCACUUAUACAUCCGGAUGGUUGUACUGGGCAAAGUGCAGCCCAGAUGUGGUGUCUCAUGAGACACAUUUCUGUGAUUUUGGGAGACCUCAUACCAGAAGAAAACCGGUACUGGGACCUCAUCCUUGUUCUUCUGGACUGCAUGGACAUCAUAUUUUCACCUCUUUGUAGUCUGCAAGAUUGCAUCUAUCUGAAGCAUUUAAUCAGUGACAAUCAUAACCUCUUUCUACAACUAUUCCCUGAACGACACUUGAAGCCAAAACACCAUUUUAUGACCCACUACCCCAAUGCCAUGAAAGCUGUGGGGCCACUCAAAAACUUCUGGACCAUGCGUUUUGAAGGAAAUCAUAACUUCUCCAAACGCCUGUCUCAUAUAACGUGCAACUUUCAGAACAUGGGGAAGACUCUGGCAUUUCGCCAUCAGCUUGCGCUGUGCUACAAACUACUUGCCAAUGAAUGUGAAAAGAAAACAGAUACUGAAGUAGGCCCAGGCUCAUCAGUGCUUGUGAUGUCUCUUGAAGCUUCUGAUCUUCUUUCAGAUGAACUUCACAUUGCAAUGCAUGAUGAUGUGUAUGUAGCCAAGUGGUGCAAGGCAUUCGGGACAGAAUAUAGGCCAAAUGUCAUGGUUGUUGUAGCCAAGACACCAGUUGGGGAUCCUGUGUUUGGCAAAGUCUGCCAUGUCGUUGUAACUGAGAAUGUGGUUGUUCUCGUGUAUGAGCAAUGGGACACAAAUGGCUACAAAAGGCAUUAUCAUGCGUAUGAGAUAGCACCUCACCAGCCACGUUCCUUUGGACUUUGUGCAGUUGGAAAUUUGAUUGACUUUCAUCCCCUUCAUGCUGUACAACCAUACAAUGGCUUUGGACACCUCAUCAGUCUGCGCUACAGAAUUCUGUAG